CAAAGCCAUUUCUCCGACUUUAAGGAGCUUAAAGCGCUGCGUCACCGGCAAAACAAGAUGUAAUCUCGCAACUGUCCGUGCUAUUGGACAAGGAGGCCUAUCCUCAAACACAAUUCGAUGAGCGCACCGUUCAUCACACUGUCUCGACUUCCUUGGUUGGUGGCCAAAUACAGUGUCCCAGAUAAACCUUAGCGUGCCAGCAUCACUGCGAAGGCUGUCAUUACGCACCUUGGUGGGUGCACACGUUUACGCCGAUACAUCGCAGAAGACCUAGGCGCUCUGGGCCUUAGACAGUAGGCCCACACUAUGGCAGCACGCAAGGCAGCUGCAGUGGCUGCCCUCAGUGGGGGAACCCUGGUCGGACUUUAUGCCUUCUCAGAGCUGAGAGAGCACCAGGACAAACAGGCGCGAGUGCAGGCUGCGGAACAGGUGAAAAUGGCCUUCCGGGAUGAGCUCCCGUCCAGAGCGGCUCAGCUCGACGCCUUGCGCUCCACCCCAGAGUUCGAUGUGCUCGUGGUUGGGGGAGGGGCCACGGGUGCAGGUUGUGCCUUAGACGCCGUCACACGCAAUCUGAAAACUGCCCUGGUGGAGAGAGACGAUUUCUCAUCAGGGACCAGCAGCAGGAGCACCAAGCUCAUUCACGGCGGAGUCCGAUACCUCCAGAAAGCCAUCAUGAAAUUAGAUUAUGAACAGUAUAUGAUGGUGAAGGAGGCUCUUCACGAACGUGCCAACCUGCUCGAUAUCGCGCCGCAUCUCUCAGCUCCUCUACCCAUCAUGCUCCCCAUCUACAAGUGGUGGCAGUUCCCAUACUACUGGGCUGGUAUCAAGAUGUAUGACCUGGUGGCCGGGGCACAGUGCCUGAAGAGCAGCUAUCUCCUGAGCAAGGCCAGGGCCCUGGAGCUCUUCCCCAUGCUCAACAAGGACAAGCUGGUGGGAGCCAUCGUCUACUAUGAUGGACAGCACAACGACGCUCGGAUGAACCUGGCCAUUGCCCUGACCGCUGCCAGGUACGGCGCUGCCACAGCCAAUUACACUGAAGUGCUGCACCUCCUGAAGAGGGAAGACCCGGAGAGGGGCGGCGCCACGCGGGUCUGCGGAGCGCGCUGCACGGACCUGAUCACAGGGCAGGAGUUUGAUGUCAGAGCCAAAUGUGUUAUCAAUGCCACGGGACCCUUCACGGACGUGCUGCGCAAAAUGGAUGACCAGGAGAUCCCCAACAUCUGUCAGCCCAGCGCGGGGGUGCACAUCGUCAUGCCGGGCUAUUACAGCCCGGACAACAUGGGUCUCCUGGACCCAGCCACCAGUGACGGCCGAGUCAUCUUCUUCCUGCCCUGGGAGAAGAUGACCAUCGCCGGGACGACGGACACGCCCACCGACAUCACCCCCCACCCCUCGCCCUCUGAGGAGGACAUCAACUUCAUCCUCAAGGAGGUUCGCAACUACCUCAGCCCAGACGUUGAAGUCAGGAGGGGUGAUGUGCUGGCCGCCUGGAGCGGUAUUCGGCCCCUGGUGACGGACCCCAACUCUAAGGACACCCAGUCCAUCUGCCGGAACCACGUGGUCAGCAUCAGCCCCAGCGGACUGGUCACUAUCGCUGGUGGGAAGUGGACGACGUACCGCUCCAUGGCUGCGGAGACCCUGGAUGCUGUGGUGAAGAGCCAGGGCCUGAAGGCGGGACCCUGCAGGACAGUGGGCCUCAUGCUGGAGGGGGGCAAGGACUGGUCACCCACCCUCUACAUACGCCUGGUGCAGGACUACGGACUGGAAGUGGAGGUGGCCCAGCACCUGGCGUCCACGUACGGGGACCGAGCCUUCGAGGUGGCCAAGAUGUCCCACGUGACGGGCAAGAGGUGGCCCAUCGUGGGCCAGCGCCUGGUGUCUGAGUUCCCCUACAUCGAGAGCGAGGUUCAAUACGCCCUGAAGGAGUACGCCUGCACGGCGGUGGACGUGAUCGCGCGCCGCACGCGCCUGGGUUUCCUGAACGUGCAGGCGGCGGACCAGGCCCUGCCACGCAUAGUCAACAUCAUGGCCAAGGAGCUGGGCUGGAGCGAGCAGAAGAGGACGGAGGAGUUAGAUGCCGCCAGGCGUUUCUUACACAACGAGAUGGGCUACAAGACACGCUCCGAACAGCUGACUAACUCAGAGAUCACUCUCGCCCCCGCUGAAGUGAACAGGUACACGAAUCGCUUCCACAAAUUUGACAAAGAGAGCAAGGGCUUCAUCACCACGGUGGAUGUUCAGCGGGUUUUACAGAGUAUAAGCAUCCAGAUAGACGACGACACCCUUCAUGAGAUCCUCAACGAAGUGGACCUCAACAAGAACGGACAAGUGGAGCUCACCGAGUUCUUACAGCUGAUGAGUGCGGUGAAGAAGGGCCAGGUGUCUGACAACCGUCUGGCCAUGCUGCUGAAGACGGCGGAGCAGAGUCUGGACCAGAGGGGGCCCGUGUCUGUGGACCGCAGCGGGGGAGGGCUGUGAGGAGAGACCCUGCACACGCACACACAUGGGAAAACACACACACACACACACAAACACACA